UUGUUUCCUGGUGGCAAAGCCACAGAUCCUGAGCUCAGUGCUGAGAGCCGCCCCACCCUGUUGGCCGCCCUACUUUAUGAUUUCUACUGGCUGCAGGCUGCAUGGGAAGGACCCGCGAGACCCUCCAGACACGCGAUGGAGGCAGUGACCUUUGAGGAUGUGGCUGUGGACUUCACCAUGGAGGAGUGGGCUUUCCUGGAUCCAUCCCAGAAGAAGCUCCACAGAGAUGUGAUGUGGGAAAACUUUACGAAUGUGACUGCUAUAGGAAGAAACUGGGAAAACCAGCAGCAAAUUGAAGAUGAGUACCAAAACUACAGGAAAACUCUAAGAAUCCAUCAUGGAGGAGAAGCCAACAUACCAAGGCUGUGACCACAUCACCUCACUUCAUUAGUGCCAGAAAGGAAAUUCAAGGCUCCUUUUUGGUUUGGGUCCUGGAGACUUCAUCUCAACUUUUCCGCAGAAUUUGGGGCAAAAUGCAGAGAAACUUGGGAAGCAAACAACUAAGUUGAGACUGUGGCUCAAAGCUGAUUUUGACAUUUGCCCUGGGAUUCACUACAGCACAAAACAACUUUCAUCCCAUCCUCCCAGAUUUCCCUCUACAGAGCACAUGCUCCAUGAUGGGGAAAAAUAUGCACACACUUUUUUUUCUUUACAUCAUGACAUAGGCGGUUGGGGCCUUAGGGGAUGAGCCUCCAACAGCCAACAAAAUGGGUCAAGGCUGUGGGACAGAAAGAAUUGUGUGUCAAUAGUAGUAGAGCUUCCCCAAGCUGGUUGGUCCCAGAUAUUACUUGAACCAUUAAUCCAGGAUGCUCAUUGCUGCAGGAUGGGCUCCUCCUGCCAAGAAACACACAGCAAACUCCAAGCCAAAAUGAAUCUGCCAGCUCAGCAGGUCUCUUCUGUGGGUCCAGACAGGAUCCAAGUCAGGAUCCAGAGCUUGGCUGAGGGCCCUGAGCAGCCCUUGCUGGGGCAGUGACAAUACCUCGUGGUCACCACUGUGGGUUGCCUCACUUCAUCAUUUAGAGUGGGUUUUGGCAUUUGCAUUAUCAUGAUUUAAUGCAAGCACAGCAAUAACUAUCCUCAGCCACUGUCUAAAGCCUUGAGGGCCCAUCCAGUGCUGUUUAUGAACUUUGGGUUCCAUCACAGGAUGGAACUUCACAGAGUGCUUGUGAACACAUGGAUCAGCUGGUUUGCUUGUUCAUUUCUGAUAUCUGACUUCAGGAAAGAUUUUUAAAACUUCCAGAAUUCAUCACUUUGUUCUCCUUCCUCAGACCUGGCUCCACUUCUGGGUUCUUAGGCAUACCUUCUCUUAGCUAUUCUGGGAUCCCCUUUGGCUGUAGCAGUUCUAAGAUGCUUUUCCCAAGAUAAGAAGAAUCUCAUUUCUAUCAUUUCAACUAAAAUUAUUCAUACUUGUUCCAAUUGGACUUUUAAAAAUGGUUUAUUCAUAACCAAUCUGUGUGACCAUGGAUAUGACUGCCCUUAUGUGGUUUAAACCAAACAAAAUCCAUUCCUUAAAGUACAAAUUUGAGUUCUUGGGUUAAAGGUGGAGGUGAUUUCCCAAAAUCACCUGGGAUGUUACUACAAAUACAUAAGAGAAAAAAAAAAGUAGCAGACAAUAAAGUGUCAGUUCCAUCCAUAAGCAUAAAUGUACACAUCCAGUCCUAUUCCUAAGAUGAUAUGUUGCCUAAAUCCUCACCUAAUUCAGUCCCAGCUUCCAUUAUUUGUUAUGAUUCUAAUUCACAAACUUAGGUGUGAAACACAUCUCACUUAUAGACAUCCUCGACAUCCACACCCAACUGAUUCAGUCUGAGAUCACCUAAGCUCUAAUAGCCCUGAUAUCAACACUAUUCUUGAUUAUCACUAUUAAAUGCUUAUGUGAAUUUCA